GCGAUCGCGGGGACGGGGAAGCGAGCGGGGCUCGGGGCUGUACCCGGGGCGGAGAGUGCGCGCGGGUGGAGGCGCGCGGCCCGCAUGGAGGCGCCGAGGAGUCCGCCGCGGGAGCGGGAGAGCGCUCGGACCCCCGCAGGAAGUGACCAAGUUCACUCCUGGAUACUGGUUACAAGCCAAGUCAUUAGCACUGCCUGGAGGGCAGCAGGGGUCGCUGUGACGGUGGUGGUGUCGCUUCUGUCUGCUUCCCUCUGCUACUUCAGAAGGCUGCAUUUACAUCUAGGGCACCGGCUGAAGUGGUGGAUUGGCUAUCUGCAGAGAAAAUUCAAAAGAAACCUCAGUGUGGAGGCAGAAGUAGAUUUACUCAGCUAUUGCGCAAGAGAGUGGAAAGGAGAAACGCCGCGUGCCAAACUGAUGCGGAAGGCUUAUGAGGAGCUGUUCUGGAGGCACCAUAUUAAAUGUGUUCGGCCAGUGAAGAGAGAUAACUACGAUGCUCUCAGGUCCGUGCUGUUCCAGAUCUUCAGCCAGGGUCUGUCUUUCCCAUCAUGGAUGAAAGAAAAAGACAUCGUGAAGCUUCCUGAGAAGCUACUCUUUUCUCAAGGCUGUAACUGGAUCCAGCAGUACAGUUUUGGACCUGAGAAGUAUACAGGUUCCAAUGUGUUUGGAAAGUUACGGAAAUGCGUGGAGUUACUGAAAGUGCAGUGGACCGAGUUUAGUGGGAUGAGAGAUUAUCACAAGAGAGGGAACAUGUGCAACAUCCUCUUCUCCGACGCCAUCCUGGAGUAUAAACUCUACGAGGCUGUGAAGUUCAUCAUGCUCUACCAGGUCACGGAAGUGUACGAGCAAAUGAAGAUGAACAAGAUAAUCCCUGGCCUUUUCCGACUCCUGUUUUCCAGGGAGUCCUCCUCAGACCCUUUGAGCUUCAUGAUGAAUCACCUGAAUCCCAUGGGGGACACCUGUGGACUGGAGCAGAUUGACAUGUUUAUACUCGGGUAUUCCCUCCAAGUAAAGAUAAAAGUGUUCCGACUGUUCAAGUUUAACUCCAGAGACUUCACAGUCUGCUACCCUGAGGAGCCUAUCAGGGAGUGGCCAGAGAUCUCCCUGCUGACCGAGAAUGACCGCCAGUACCACAUUCCCGUCUUUUAAGUCUCCAAUGGACUGAACAUUGGCUUUUCUCAGUGACAGCGGUCAUACUUGCAAGAGAAAUUUUUCUGAAAAGCCCACGGUACCGUUUUAGCCAAGGAGGGCAUUAAGACCUACGGGAACACUGGGUGGAGAGAGCCACUGAUUUCCUCCACUGCAGCACAUAUUUGGGGUUUGGCAGGUUGGAAGAGAUCUGCUGGGUUCACACCAUGAUGUGCCUUUAAGACAUAGAGAGACUUCAUGUGGACAAAAAGGAAGGGAAAUGGCUGACUUCAGCUCCAGGAACUUUUCAUCUCUGACCUUUGUGUUCUUUAUCAAGAGGGACCUCUCUGGGGUUUCGGGACGAUCACAAAUAAACAUGUUUUAUAAGCAUUA